CCCGAACCCUAAUCAGUCAGUCAAUUUUCCCCCUCUCAUCUCCGCUAUCGUCCGCUGCACGACUGGCUCGUCGACAGCUGUUGCUUCCUUUCGACAGUUCUUUCGCCCUUUUUUCCACCAUGUCGAAGAGAUCCGCCGACGCCUCCGACGAGCAGUCCGCCGCGCUCAAGGCCGGUGAGCGCCCGGUCACCGAAUUCCCUCCCGAUGAGGUGGGGGAAUUUGAGGAUGAGUACGAAGACGAGUUCGAGAGUGAGGAUGAGAUUCUCGAGGCCGGUGUGGACGGUCGUCCCGAUGCUGAGCGUGAGGAAGAAGAAAAAGAAGCCAUGGACGUCGACAAGCAGACCUUCAUUCCCGGAAGAACAAAGCUCGCCCCCGGAGAGGUUCUGUCCCCCGACCCCACGACGUAUAACAUGCUUCACACCCUCAGCACACCCUGGCCCUGUUUGUCCUUCGACAUCGUUCGCGAUAACCUGGGCGACAACCGCAAGACCUACCCCGCGACAGUCUACGCCGUGGCCGGUACACAAGCCGAGGGCAAGCGUGCGAAGGAGAACGAAUUGAUGGUCCUCAAGCUGAGCGGCUUAAGCAAGAUCGAGAAGGACAACGAGACUGACUCUGAGAGCGACUCGGAUUCUGACGACGACAUGGGCGAGGCCAUCCUCGAGCACAAGAGCAUCCCUCUCGGAUCAACGACCAACCGCAUUCGCGCUCACCAGACUCCCAACCAGUCGGGCGAUUACUCUAAGCCCCCACAGACCAUCACCGCGACCAUGCUCGAGAACUCGCAAGUCGUCAUUCACGACGUCACCCCUCAUCUCACCAGCUUCGAUGUCCCCGGUACCAUCCUCCCGCCCUCGGCCUCCAAGCCCCUCUCUACCCUGCGCAUGCACAAGUCGGAAGGCUACGCCCUGGAUUGGUCUCCGCUGCAGCCUCUUGGUAAGCUGUUGACUGGUGACAAUGAUGGUUUGAUCUACGUGACGACUCGCACCGAAGGAGGCGGCUGGGUUACAGACACCCGUCCCUUCAUCGGUCACCAGUCUUCUGUCGAGGAGCUUCAAUGGUCUCCGAACGAGAAGAACGUCUUCGCCUCUGCCAGCAGCGACGGAACAGUCAAAGUCUGGGAUGUCCGCUCCAAGUCGCGCAAGCCGGCUGUUGAUGUGAAGGUUUCCAACACUGAUGUCAACGUUAUGAGCUGGUCGAACCAGACCUUCCAUCUGCUUGCGACGGGUGCUGAUGAUGGCCAGUGGGCCGUCUGGGAUCUGAGACACUGGAAGCCCAGCGCCACCUCCGCCCCGACCAAGGCUUCCCCGGUCGCAUCUUUCGAUUUCCACCGGGAGCCUGUCACGAGUAUUGAGUGGCACCCGACCGACGACAGUGUUGUUGCGGUGGGUUCGGCUGACAACACUGUUACGUUGUGGGAUCUGGCUGUCGAACUGGAUGAAGAAGAAAGCCGCGAUGCCGCCAUGCACGAAGUUCCCCCACAAUUGUUGUUCGUCCACUACAUGGACUCGGUCAAGGAGGUACACUGGCAGGCCCAGAUGCCUGGCACCGUCAUGGCUACGGGUGGCGGCGGAUUUGGUGUCUUCAAGACGAUCAGCGUUUAAAAACGGGAAACAAAAGUGUCAAUUCGACGAUAGCAUACAGGUAGUUGGGGUUGCGUUUAUACCACUUUCCAUGACAUUUAGUAUUUGUG